AUGUCUUCCCCAUUCAAGAACAUUCUCAUCGUCGGAGCCACUGGCUCUAUUGGCUCCAUCAUGCUAGACGCCUUGGUCAAAGAGCCUUCCUUCACAGUCUCCGUCCUCCAGCGCUCAUCGUCAAAGGGCAAGCUCCCAUCAAACGUCAAUGUCAUCAAAAUCGAUGAUUCAUACCCCACUGAAGCUCUUGUCUCUGCCUUCACCAGCCAAGACGCCAUCGUCAACUGCAUGACCUCCCUAGCCGUCGCUGAUCAACUUCGCUUCGUCGACGCCGCAGUCACUGCAAAGGUGAAACGCUACGUCGCUUCCGAGUACGGUCUUAACAACAACAACCCGGACGCAAGAGCCCUAAACUCCGUCUUUCGAGAGAAGGGCCAAGUGCAGGAUUAUCUUCGCUCCAAAGAAUCUACUGGCCUAGAGUGGAUGGCCAUCGCUUGCGGUAUGUGGCUCAAGUGGAGUGCUGUACACGAUUUUCUGGGGAUGCACAUCAAGGACAAGAAGUUCGUCAUCUGGGAUGAUGGAGAGGGAUGGUUCAGCUGUACCACUGAGGCCAACACGGCUCUUGCUAUGGUAAACGCCCUUACUAAGAAAUGGGAAGAGACCAAGAACAGGAUCGUUUGGCUGAGUGACUUUGCUAUCACGCAAAACAUGCUCCUUGAGACUAUUGAGCGAGUCAGUGGGGAAAAGCUCACUGUUGAGAAGAUUGAUACUGAGAAGACGAUUAAAGAGAGCCAGGCUGCGGUCGCAGCUGGGGACCCUUAUGCUGUUUAUAAUCUGAUCGAGACGGGUUUUGUCACGGGGCGGUUUGGGGGGCAUCUUGAGAAGGAGGGGGAGAUCAUGAAUGAUUUGUUGGGUCUGCCGAAGCAAAACUUUGAGGAGGUUGUUCGUGCCGCUUUGAAGGCUGUUGAAGAGUCAUGA